AGUGCACCGGGCGUCCCCCCUCCCUCCUCCCCAACAGCGCUUUCCCUCUUCUCCUCUUCUCGCAGCCUGAGUUUCUGUCUAUCGGUGUUGUUGUUGAAGCGAUGAUGGCGGCAGCGGGAUGCGGAUCAGCAACCGCGGCUGCCGUCGUGGGCGCGGCGCGGGGACGCUUCCCCGGUCGGCCUUGGUCGUCGCGGAGCCGUUUGCGUUCGGAGAAGCGAUGGCAGCUCGGCCGCUCUGGGACGGAUCUUGACGAGAUCUCCUCCAACGGAGGCCCGAGGCCCACCUGCCUGGUGCUCGCGCUGAACGAGGACCAGUCUCACUUGUGCCUUCUCGGGCUUGAGGCGAGCUACAAGAGCCUGGUAGAGGCUGGAUACAGCUCGAGUGGGAGCGAAGAGGGAGCUGAAUUCAAAGGCUUUGAAGUUGAAGAUGAAAAUAGCAGUGCCCCGGUUCAUGCUGGACGAAAUGCAUGUAAACGUGAUCGUGCUUCAGCAAAGACAUCAAAGAGGAUACGUCAAAGGCGGCGGGUUCUUCCAGUGUCUGCUUUAGUGGGAAGCACAUGUUCACAAGAUCCUCAAAAUGAUUCCGGUUCUGUUCAGCAACUCCAUAGUCAAGAGUCUCUGAAGGACACAUCAGUAGAUGAUGGUGGUGGUGGUGUUAAUGGAGGAUCAGAGAAGCGCACCAGGAGAAAAAUAGGAUCGACAAAACAGGAGACCCAGUCAGCUCCGAGAAUCACAAUCAAGUUGGUGGCUAAAAAGAAAGUGGUCCCUUCAGUGCAUCGUAAAUCUGGUAAAAAGCAAAAGGAAAUCAAAUCUGAAGUUACAGAGAGUCAGUGUGCCCAAAUUUCAAGUGCUCAUGUGAAAUUAAAGACAAAUGUAGCAGCCAGUGAAUGCAGUGCUGGUGAGGCAAAGGAGGAAGUUUGCACUAGAAGGCGGGGAAGAUCUGCUGACAAAAAAUCUGAAUCCACUCCACAAACAAAUCCUGAAAAAGAGGCCAGUGAGCAAAAACUGAAGCUGAGGAAAUCAACUCGAAGGUCUCAAAAUCCACUGCCCAGUGAAAGCAUAGAGCCAAAACCUGAUGAAAAGUCAGCACAUGAAGCAUCAGAGGUAAAUAAGCCUGUGUUAAGGAAGCAGCGCAGAAGGUCCUCAAAUGUUCUACUGGAAUCUGGUGACCAGAGUAUAGCAGAGUCGCUGUUGGAGGUCUCCACAAUUGAUGAAUCCAGGCCACCUACAAAGAAGAAAAAAAAGAGAAAGAAGAAGAAAAAUCGCAAAGAAUCUGAAAGGAAACGGGAGCCUCAUUCACCAGCAGCAAAAGAUUUUGGCCCUUCAGUUGAUGAUCCUCAAAAGCUUACUUUCGACAAUGAUUUUGUCGGAAUUCCAGGUCUGAGACUAACCAGGAUACGAAACCCAAAAGCCCGGUCUCGUAAGAAACGCUGUAAGUUUGUGUGGACUCUCACUCUGGUGAAAAGCAAAAGCAAAGAUUCCCAAAUACUAGAGAAUCUAAGUAAUACUCAAGAAAGCAAAAGCAAAGAUUCCCAAGUCCAAGAUGAUCUCGGCAAAACACAAGAAAUCAAAAUUCAAGAGAAUCCGAGCAAAGUAGAUGAAAGCCCCAGCCCAGAGGUAGAACUUCCAGCUAAAUGUGAUGAGGAAGUAGAUAUUUCUACAGAAGUAGAAUCCACAUCCACUCCUUCCAACAUUUUGGAAACUGGCUCUUCGCAGGAGUCACAAAACGUAGAUAACACUGUUGGUGAUGUAUUUUCCGAAAGCACAGAGAGCCCCAUGGCCUUUGAGAAGGUUGAGGAGAUCCCAGAAAAGGAAAGUGAGGAGGUUCUUGAAAGGUCAGGAAUUGGAACCGAAGCACAUGCAGAAGAGGUCACUCAGACGGACCCUGAAGAUCUGACCAGUAAUGUUACGGUUCCACCACUUCAAAUCAAAGUUGUCUCUUCACCAGGUAAAAAAAACAGUCUUAAGCAGUCCUUUUUAAUUCAUCAAGUCACAACCUCACCUGAAAGAAAAGAACCCGCAAAAAUUGAAGACCCUCAAUGUUCAGAGAAGAGUGUGAAUGUGUUGGAAAUUACUGCUGCCACUCCCGCCCCCAAAGUAAGGAAAAGGCUACGUCAAAACACUGCUCGGAAGAAGCGUGCAAGACAUAAACACUGGACAAUAUACAGGCGAAAAUGUAAAUUGAAUGCAUCUCAAGAAAACCCAGCCUCUGAAACUGCAACUGAAACCGAAUCUCAGGUGGAGGAUUCACCCGUAUCACCAACAGCAGUGCCAGCAGCUGUAGAAACCAAACCAAAUGAGCAUUUAAGUGAAGUUAUGCAUAAAAAAGGUAAAUGGUCAGUUCCACCAACUACAGAACCAUUGCCUGAAGCUGCAGAACCUCAGGACAUCGAACAAACUGUUGAGUCCCCUCCAACCAGCCCAUUUCUUGGGUCAGAACCACAGCCGGAAAUAAAACUUGAGGCACCAUCAAUUGAAACUGAAGAGGUUCUAGUAUUAGAGCCUUCUGUAAAAGAUCAUCCACAGGUAUCUCGUCCUUUACGCAGACAAAUGAAACGGGUCAGACGAAGACGAAAAUCUUUACUUGGCAGGCGGAUUAAAAACCCCAAAUUGCAAAAGAAGGAGUUGUUUGAGGUUAGUGAAGACUGCCCACCAUUGACGGGCUCUGAAGUAGAUGAGCCUAAACUCUUUGGUAUAUUCUCAACAAAGUACAAGAGAAAACGAAUAUCGAGUCUUCAGUCAUUAGAAGGUAGAAAGAAAAAGGCCAAGCUCUUAUCAAAGCAACUGGAUAACACCAACGGAGAUCAGCUUUCUGAUCAGACCGAAAAGGAUUCUGUGAUUGUGAAAAUGGACCAAGACCAGGACAUCCAACAAAGCAAAACGAAGUUCAUGAAGACCAUUAGACAUUUCAUAAUGCCAGUUGUGAGUGCCCGAUCCUCUCGGGUUAUCAAAACGCCAAAGAGGUUCAUGGAUGAUCUUGGUAUGUCAGGCCUUCCUCGCAAGAACUCCCAAAAGAAGCUUGGCCUACAACCAAAAUCAAAGAAGUGUGAAUCUAGUGAAAAAGGUGAACCUGAAUCCCUUGAGUCUAAGGAUGAAGAUAACAGUCUGAGUGAAGCUGAUCUGGAUUUGUCUUCCACUUGGGAAUCAAAACCUAAAUCACCCGAUGACACUGAGAUCUUCAGUGAGGAGAAGCAGCCUGGGAAAAGACGAUCGCUACUCCGAGAUCCUGGUUUCAAAUGGGGAGUACCGAAGCCUGCCAGUGACGACGUGUAUGCCUUCAAUGAAGAUCUUGACAAAGAGUUGGAGACCUUGCUAUCUGCCAAAGAUUUCACCGUGGACCCAUUUCUUGAUCCCGUCCAAAAGAAGAAAAAGUCCACCAAAUUCAAAGUCCAAUCGUCAAAAUUUAGGUUAUACAAAAAGCUUAAACUCAAACAGAGUUUGGCAAGGCGUAAAAAGGCCCCAAAGGACAAAAUGGUUCAAGUUGUAUCAUCCCCUGUUAAGACACAGAAGAAGGAGUUGGAAGAAGGGGCCAGUCUAAUCAAGUCUCUCAGAGACAUGAAGAAGGAAAAAGCAAAGCUCAAGAUUGAGGAUCUCAACAGCCCUGGGGUAGUUCGCAAAGUCUCCAUCUGUGUCCGAGCUCUGAGUGCCAAGUUGCUGGCACAACACCAGUCAAAAGACAUCCAAGAGGAUGACCUGCCAGAUGAGUUCUCCAUUCAUACAGACAUCUCACUUCCAAAUAAAUGCAAAGACUUUGAUGAGAUGCAUCAUGCAGAAUCAGAAGGGCCGGUUUCUGAGGACAUUCUGAAACAUGCCGUUGACAUUGAGGAGAAAACUGCCGCUCAGCGCCCUCGCCUUACAGGAGCCAACAAGCGCAUGUUCAACCUCCUCAAGAAAGCCAAGGUUCAGCUCAUCAAAAUAGACCAGCAGAAACAGUUGAAAUCAUCUGGGCUCUUGCCAGAGGGAAGAAUCACUGCAACAAAGAGACAGAGACGAAAACCAAAAGAGCGGCUUGAAAAUGCCUGUCCCAACAAGACUGAAGCUUCUCCAGAGCAGGAACCUGCCAGAGGAGGGCCUCGCAUUAAGCAUGUAUGCAGAGCUGCGGCUGUGGUUUUGGGUCAGCCUCGUGCUAUGGUCCCCGACGACAUCCCCCGACUCAGUGCACUACCCCUGCACGAGAGAUCAGAUAUAUCCCCUUCACCUGCAGGAAAAGGAGUUGAGUCUCACUCUGACCCAGAAAGCCCUGUAUUACAAGAACACAGGACACCCAAGUUUCGCCGUGGGAGGGCUCACUUGUAUGGGAACCGUUCCCGACGGUGUGGGGAGUGUAAAGGUUGUCUGCAUGAGGAGGACUGUGGCAGGUGCAUAAACUGCUUGGACAAGCCCAAGUUUGGUGGUCCCAACACAAAACGGCAGUGCUGUGUAUACAAGAGAUGUGAUCAGGUUGAGAAAAGGAAGGCCUUGAGGCUAAGUGGCAAGCUCCAUAAAGGGCAUGUGAAGAAGCGGCGCUCAUCGAUAAGUGUGGGUUACUCAAGUAAUGAGGAAUGUGAGGUUGGGGAUGGAAUCGCUCCAAUGUUUCCAGCCUCUCUGGGAGACAGUCCGUCUGUGCGGAAACAGCCACGCCGACACGUAAAACCACGUUCCUACUGCGACCUGCUGGAUUACGAUUCUGACUUUGACUGGAUAGGAGGAUCAAAUUCCACCUCCCCAGCACGCAGAAGAACUCCUGGCCUUCGCAACUCAGAUUUUGUGUCAUUGGACGACUUCAUCGGCGAUGUUUUUGAUGAGGGAGUGCGGCAUCGCAGACCAAGCUUCCACAAGGUUCCACACAUUAAGCGGAAAAUUGAGAAGAGCCCUCAGGAACAGACACCGCCCAGCGUCCUUGCAGCCCUCGCCAAUGGUUUUGCAGAGAGAGAACAGGAGCCCAUAGAGCCCACACACAAGAUCCGUGUUGAUUUUAAGGAGGACUGUAGUGUGCAGAGCGUGUGGGCGACAGGAGGUCUGAGCAUCCUUACUUCAGUACCCCUCAUGCCCCAGUAUGUCUGCCUGCUGUGUGCCAGUAAAGGCCAACAUGAGAUGCUGUAUUGUCAGGUCUGCUGUGAGCCUUUUCAUCGCUUCUGCUUGGACCCUUCAGAGCGCCCACUAGAGGAGAACAAGGAGAACUGGUGCUGUCGGCGCUGCAAGUUCUGCCGAGUUUGUGGUUGUAAGAAUAAAGAAUCCAAGCCUCUGCUGGAAUGUGAAAGGUGUCAGAAUUAUUAUCAUCCUGCCUGUCUGGGUCCCAACUACCCCAAACCCAGCAAACGUAAGAAGCCUUGGGUUUGUAUGACAUGCAUCCGGUGCAAGAGUUGUGGCGUGACCCCAGGAAAGAGCUGGGACACCGAGUGGAAUCAUGACAAGGGUCUGUGUCCUGACUGCACUAGGUUGUUUGAUCAAGGAAACUACUGCACCAUGUGCUUCAAGUGUUAUGAAGAUAAUGACUAUGAAAGCCAGAUGAUGCAGUGCUCCACGUGUAACCACUGGGUCCAUGCUAAAUGUGAAGGCCUGACAGAUGACUUGUAUGAAAUCUUGUCGAGUCUGCCUGAGAGUGUGGUGUACUCCUGUCAGCCGUGUUUACAAGAGCAGCCUGAUGGAGAGGAUGUUAAUGGAGCAGUCUGGAGGGAACUGCUUGACCAGGAGCUGAAGACUGGCUUGGAGAGGGUGCUUUCUUGCCUGCUGAGCUCCAGCCCCACUAAGCACCUGGUCACCUGCAAAAAGGUGGGCUUCCAGUCUCUCCUAAACCAAGUAUGCCGUUCUUUUAAAAUGUUGCAGCAGCCCAUUUGCACUAUAAUGGGUUCCCUGAACACUGUGGAUGAAAAUGUACCUGUCUGUGACUUCCGUGCUAUUGGAAAGAAGUUUGAGGAAGGCCUGUACACAUCCUUGAAAUCCUUUCAUGAAGAUGUGGUGAAAGUAAUUCGCAAUCACAUGGAAGAUGAGGAAAUUUUACCAGAGGACCAAAGACCCACUGCCCUUGCCCGCUCGUAUUACUGGAAGCUCUUAGAGGAAGUAUAUGGUUGGUUUAACAGUCGGGACCCUAAAAUAUGGGAUCCACGCUCUAAACAUCUGCCAGCCGGGAUGCUUGCGCAUGCUGUGAUGCCGCCAAAUUAUGAACAUGUUUAUGCUCAAUGGCGUGAGAGAGAUGCAUGUCACAAGAUGUUGGACGGCGCCCCACAGAUGACUGGAAGACACGUGGAUGUUAAAUUGGGAGAAGAGGAGGAUGUGUCCACACCUUUAGCCCAUAACUCUACAGGAUACUUUAUGGACCCAAGGGCAUUACAAAUGAACCUGAAAGGGAAGAAGAGUCGGCCUACUAAAUCUGACCUGGACACAGUUUUGUCAAAAGACGACGAGAGACAGUGCGCUCUGUGCCAAAAAUACGGUGAUGCAAAGGCCAGUGAUGCAGGGAGGUUGCUCUAUCUAGGGCAGGAUGAAUGGGCUCAUGUAAAUUGCACCAUGUGGUCUGCAGAGGUGUUUGAGGAGGACAAUGGUUCACUUCUGCAUGUUCACAGUGCUGUUGCAAGAGGUCGUCUGAUGCGCUGUGAGCGGUGUAACCGAACUGGGGCAACAGUAGGUUGCUGCCUUACUUCGUGCCAGAGUAACUACCACUUCAUGUGCGCCCGCUUUCGCAACUGUGUCUUCCAGGAUGAUAAAAGAGUUUUCUGUCACAAGCAUCGUGACCUUAUAAGUGGAAAAAUCAUCACUGGUCAAGGGUUUGAAGUACUACGGAGAGUUUAUGUGGAUUUUGAAGGGAUUAGUUUUCGCAGAAAGUUUUUGACUGGAUUGGAGCCGGAGUCAAUCAAUUUAAUGAUAGGUUCUUUGCUAGUAAAAAAGCUUGGAAAGCUGAGUGAAUUAUCUGCCUGUCAUGGAAAACUUUUCCCCGUGGGUUAUGAAUGCUCUCGCUGGUAUUGGAGUACUGUGAACCCCUUAAAUCGAUGCAAAUACACAUUUCGCGUUAGGGAGGUCCGUCCAACUGUUCAGGAAAAACCAGUGGAAGAGUCAACUGAUCAGGGAGGAAACUGCACAAUUGCCCACAGCCCAUGCCCCCAAUCAGAAUCUGAAGCCCCGGGAGUGGUUUUAUCUUCAACUAAUCCUUCCACUGAAACAAAUUCCACCUCGUUAUCUAUCUUUGCCAAACCAGACCUUGGUGCUCGUCCCAAAAUCCCUUUAUACCCCCAGAACAGAAGACCUGCUGGAGGACUAUCCAGACCACUGCCUUCUCCAGGAGCUGCCCCAACCAAACCUCACCACAUCCUGACUAUAAGUGAUUUGGAUGACACUCGAAGGCCACGACGGCAUAGCCUACACCCACAGAAUAGUAGUACCCGCAGUCACAUGACCUCCCCUACUCUUGGAUCUCCUGCAGGCCCAAUUGCAUCUAGAGCAGGUGGUUCCCACCACCCUAAAACCUCCCAGCCUACCUCCCCAGUUUUCCCCCUUGGUGCUACUGAAAACCAGCUGACCUCUUCAUCAGCUCGUCCUGUUGGUCGAAGUGCUUCCUCAGUCCGGGGUUCUGGAAUAUUGACACCCCAUUCUACCUCAGGACUGUUUUCACAGUCCACAAAGCAAGGUGGCAUUGGUACUAGCCCUUGCACCAAACGAUCCCUCACCUCUCCCACCCACCUCUCCACAAGACCAAGGCCUUUUGAUUUUAAUCAAAUAGACUCUGUUGAACUUCCACAUAAUUUUAUAGCAUCACCACAGGAGCAUCCAGCAGAAAAUGGUGCCUUGCCAUUAAGAGACCUUUUGGGUACACAAAAAGGUAAUCAUCUAGGUAGUGACAGGGAUUUCCCUUACACAUCCUUCCACUUAGAGGCAGACUUGACUGUGGCACCUGAGCUGAGAACAGAACUUGAAAUUGAAGAAACCGAACUGAAUGAAGGUGUUGCUAUGAACUGCAGUGCACAAAUUGUAGUUGAAGGUGAAGACAACCAGGUAGACUUCUGGGAGCCAGAUGAAGAGAAGUCCAUAAUGUCUACCCAGGGAUUGUCUUGUCCCAUUGAUCCUUGUAGGGACGACUGGGGUAAUAGUUCUUCUGAUGGGGACAUGGAAAACUACUUCAACUUCAGACGCAUGGUGGUUACUUCAAAGGCUCAAAGGGAUGCCUCCCAGACAUCUGCAUCUCCAUCUUUAAGGCAGAUUUCACAACUUGAUGGUGUGGAUGAUGGGACAGAGAGUGAUACAAGUGUGGCUAAUAAUGAUAACCAGGGUGUAAAAUUGUCGAAUCAAGCCCAAAAGCCACACAAACCACUCAAUGCUGUGCCUCAUGAACAGACUGCUAGCAAUGGGCUAUGUUUGGCAUUUCCAAAUCCUGUUUCUGAUUUUUCUUCAAUUUGGUUAGAACCCGUGUCCAACUCGGAGGUUGUUGCUGAUCAAGAUUCUUUUGGUGUAACUCAAACAUUGCAAUCAAACCCUAGGGUGGUUGUACACUCACAAGACACUUUGACUAAUUUUGUUGACCUAAAGCCUAUAAACCAUGCAUUUUCUAUAUAUGGUAAUGAUUACCAAGCCCCUCAUUUAAUGGUAGAACCAGAGACACCCUUAAUUCUGGAGAGAUGUGAUCCUCUUUCACCAAAUGCACAUUUCACUGAUUUGGUCCCAGUCCAAGAUUCUCUGAGUGACCCUCCAGACUCUAAAGAAUUGUACUUGGAUCCUAGUAGUGGCCACUUUGUGUCGUCUAUAGGUGACUCUAGAGUUCACCAAAACAACCACUUGCAAGAUGAUUCCCCUGACUUAAUGGAAGUGAAUGGAAUUCAGAGUCUACAGCAACAAAAUCCUGUUCCUUCCACGGUGUUACCCAAAUCUGCAUCAUCUUCUGGACCUUUAUCUUCUGAUUCCUCUGCACACGUUCCUUUUGCAGCAUGCCCAAAUCAGACACCUUCUGCAAAUGUGUCCUUGUUCCCAGUCCAAACUCCUGAGGGUAAGACGGUCUUGCCACCCAUGGAGAGUUUCAGAACCAAAUUACACCCACCUGCUGAAACAAGGCAUCCUGCCUCUUCAGUUCCUGGAGGGGCAAUGCCAUGUGUUCCCACACAUUUGCCACAGAAACCAGAGUCUAUGCUGUCUGUACCAUCAGCCACUGGUGUACCCCUUGGGACUUAUGGGCCAGCUUUGGGUACAGUGUCUGUCCCGUUGCAUCCCACUUACCCGCAGCCUGUUGGCUCUACAACAGUUGCCAUAGUCUCCUCCUCCUCCUCUAUAACUUCUCAGCCAUCAGCUCUGUGCCAAGCAAUGCCUUCUGCCAUUCAGCCAGCCUCUGCUUCUGGUGUCAUCAAUGGGUACAACACCACACCUAUGCAAAGAGAAACAGCUCUAGGACGAAAAAUUUCCAUCAAUUUUUCAACCCCCAGAUCAACAAUUGAACCCCAACAACAGUUGGUUACCCAAGCAUUACCAGGUCAUGCAAUUCUUACUGUAAAAGAGGUUGGUGGAACCAAUGUGGAUCAUACACCACAUGUUUUACUUGUUAAUCGUCUUGGUCAGAUUUUUGUCAAAAACCCUGAAAGCAACACCUUCCAGCUGCCAACUCCAAAUUCCCCUUCAUAUAACUGUGUUACACAAAUCGCCAGCCUCUUGCAAAGCAAUGCCUUAUCGGCAACACUUGCAGCAGCUGGGAACUUGCCACCAGUUGCAGGUGCCACCAUUCCAACCCAAGUCCCGCAAAUUGUGUCCCCAUUGGUACAGACCUCAAACACCAUUACACAGCUACUUACAACUAGUACUAAUGGAGCAGCUCCACUACCAGCACCAGAUGUUAAAAAGCCACGUAGGAAUGCCAAAGCUUCUGGAGAUAGAGUGAAAAAACCAAGGAAUAAGAAGGAGUCUUCCACACCUAGAAGAACAAAGUCUGUUAGCACACAUGGCCCAUCUAGCAAACAAUCAACAAGUCAAAUAGUAACCUCCUCAGAUAUAUCUAAUCAAGCAGAUAGUGCACAAGCUAUCAUCAACCAAGCUAUGGCUGGAUAUUAUGAUCCCAACAAGACUGUUUCCCGAAUUCCCUCAUCACCUCGUAACAGUACUAUUUUUGGGAAAAUUCAUACAAGUUCAGUAGUUUUACCGGAAGGACUCCUUGUCAAACAAGAGAUGAAGGCUUCCCCACCAGUGACACCAGAAGCAGCACCUCGACCAAAACAGGUUCGAAUGAAAAGAGUGUCCUCUUUAUCUGACCGUAUUGCCACCAAGAAAUCAAAAUCUGACUUUUUAGACCUGGACCGCCCUACUAAAUUGGAAGAACCACGCAAGUCAAACUCCAUAUCAGCCAGGUAUGGAGUUCGCAUUAAAACCCCAACUGUCAAGGGAAUUCUAGACUUGGACAAGCUGAAUGAAGAGCCUAGUAGUGACUCUGAGAGUGCAAGGCCUGGACCUUGGGAUCGUCUUUCCUUGCCUCGUGGUGGAGACAGCAACAAGCCAGCGACCUGGGAUCCUGCUAAUCGUAAUGCACUGUCUGACUGGAACAAAUACUCAGGGAUGCUGUCCUGUUCAGAUGAUGAGAUGUCUCCCUCAGAUGGUGAAGAGCAUAGUCCUCCCAGCCGAGACCAGCCCCACCUACGCUUUGAGAUCACUAGUGAUGACGGCUUCAGUGUAGAAGCAGACAGUAUUGAGGUUGCUUGGUCCACUGUUAUCGAGGGAGUCCAGGAGGCCCGUGCUGUCGCUGGACUGAGGCAGCUCACUUUUUCUGGGAUAAGCGGAGCGCAUGUGAUGGGAAUGCUGAACGAUGCCAUAGUGUACCUGGUGGAACAGCUCCAGGGGGCCAAUCGCUGCCAGCGUCACAACUUCCGCUUCCACAAGCAAGCCAGUCAGGAGGAAGAUCUGCCCAUUAACCCGAGUGGCUGUGCCCGUUCCGAAGUCUACCUAAGGAAGUCUACCUUUGAUAUGUUCAACUUCCUGGCGUCACAACACAGACAGCUUCCUGACACCGACCUGUAUGAUGAGGAGGAGGAUGAGAUUCUUCUCAAAUCCACCAGGCGUGCAACAAGUUUGGAGCUUCCGAUGGCGAUGCGCUUUAGACAUCUCGAGAAGACAUCUAAAGAAGCGGUUGGUGUCUACAGGUCUGCGAUUCAUGGAAGAGGCCUGUUCUGUAAACGAAACAUCGAGGCGGGAGAGAUGGUCAUUGAGUAUUCAGGCAUUGUCAUUCGUUCCGUUCUCACGGACAAGCGAGAGAAGUAUUAUGAUGGCAAAGGCAUUGGUUGCUAUAUGUUCCGCAUCGACGACUUUGAUGUGGUAGAUGCCACGAUGCAUGGUAAUGCGGCGCGGUUCAUCAACCACUCCUGUGAGCCAAACUGCUACUCUCGAGUCAUCAACGUGGAGGGUCAGAAGCACAUAGUCAUUUUUGCUUUACGGAAAAUCUACCGUGGAGAGGAGCUGACUUAUGACUACAAGUUCCCCAUAGAAGAUGCAAGCAACAAGCUUGGCUGCAACUGUGGUGCCAAGCGCUGUCGGCGCUUCUUAAAUUGAAGAGCAGUGCUGGAGAAGUUGCAGGGCAACUGCACGACAAUGGAGUUUGACGGGUAAAAACGGUGGACCAAGGCUUGUCUGGUAAAGGCAGGUCCAAGCUGAAGGUUUCAAAGCUUAACAGUCACCUUUUCAAGUCCUUCAACAAGCACAUAUAAGGACCACCAAUUGUUGUGGAGCCAUUCACACCCUUCAACCAGGAUUCCUCCCGAUCAGUUGACAUUCAGUCCAGUAGAUGUGUG